AAAAAGUAAAACGACACAUAAAGAUUGAAAUGAUUAGACAAUUACUCUUGUCGUCAAAAUUAUCAAGAAAACAUAUGAUGUGUCACCACCCUGCUUCUCCGGAACAGCUGACAGCCGCGAAGUUCAAUGACCCGGAGGACACAAGUUUCACACAUAUUUCAUUUACUACCAUUCGUUAGAUAAAAGAGAAAAUGGACUCCGUGUGGGACACUUUGCUAAACGCCGCCUACGAGUGGAAUUUGUGUAGAUUGAUGUUUGUUAUUUACAUCGUUGUCAUCAGCCUGAGUGGAACGGUGAUAAAUUUCAUGGCUUCUGUGGUUCCUCUGCCGGACUUCUUCCUGCAGGCUUUCAAGUUCGGCAAAAUGGCACAUGGGAGAGCAAACAGGUUCAUUUCUCUCUUUGAAAUCCCCAAAAGAUGGUUCUACCACUUCUAUGUUGUUGCAAGUUUAGCAGUAACUGCAGCUAUAAUACAAAUGGGACUUCUAUAUAUCAAAGGCGGCGCUUUACCCACUUGGGAAAAAUCACUUUUUGAUGUCCUUACCUCCCCAGAGAGAAAACCAGCAGUCACCAGCACAUCUGCAGCAAUAGGACUGGUCUUACUAGCUCUCCAGAUAUAUCGGCGACUGUAUGAGAACCUCUUUGUUAGUGUUUUCAGCUCAGGCCACAUCAAUAUUCUCCAUUAUAUUGUUGGUCAUACGCAUUAUCUUGGUGCUGUGACUCUACUCUUGGCUGAAGCACCUGGAUUUGAUGGCCAAAAGUUUGAUGCUACAUUUACCAGUGUGGAAAUGUGUCAUGUAAUUGGUUGUAUAUUGUGUCUGGCUGGAUAUGUUCUUCAGUUCUCCAGUCUUAAUAUAUUGGCUUCACUGAGGAAGAAUUCAGGAAAGGCUGCCAAAGAAAAGCACAUGAUGCCGAGAGGUGGAAUGUUUGAUCUGCUGUCUUGCCCACAUAUGUUUGCAGAGGUCCUUGUAUACGUGGGAAUCACAUUUGUUCUUUGGCGUCACACAGAGUGGCUUUUUGUCACAACUUGGGUCAUUUGUAAUCAGGUCCAGGUUGCAGUGAUGAAUCACAAAUGGUAUCGGGAAACAUUUAAGGACUAUCCUCUAAAGAGAAAAGCCAUCUUUCCCUUUCUUUUGUGAGGAUUCGAAGGCUUAAAUCAUGAAGUGUGUGUGGAAAAAAAUGAUUGUUUUUAUGUUAUAUUUGAUAAUAUUUUUUUUAUGUUAAUCUUAUUGAAGAGGUAUUUUGAUAUGAACAGUUUAACUAUUUUGUUAAUAUUUGUUUGUAGAGAUAUAUACAAAAAGGAGCAAAGGACAGUAAUGAGUAUCGUCUAAUUACUCAAUGGGCAAUAUAUUUAGCUUUACUGUAACUAGAUUUUAAAAAAAUCAUGGUUUCUGACAUAUAUGUAAAUGUGGCUGACAUUAAAAAUGUUAAUUUAGUAUCAAGCUUUUUCAUGGUACCAAAUAUUACUUUACUGUUGGUGUGAUUUUGGGGGUGAAGCUCAAACAGAAAAAUAAAAUAAAAUAAUCUUUAGAAUGAG